AUGCUCUACGCGGAUUUUAUAGCAGGAUGGGCAGCUGGAGGAGCUGGACUUAUUGUCGGACAUCCACUGGACACUGUGAAAGCUAGACUACAAACAAUGACAGUCUACAAGGGGAUUCUAGAUUGUAUGACGCAGACGAUGCGCCAGGAAUCGAUCUAUGGGUUGUACAAAGGAAUGCUGAUCCCGUUCAUUUCAACUGGAGCCAUACACUCGCUGUUGUUUGCUGGCUAUGGAGCCGCGUUGAAGUUUCUCCAUCCUGGUGAAUCAAAUAUCGAGGCGCGAAAAGAUUUGCCAAUGAGUGAGAUCUUGUUUGCUUCGAUAUGCGGCACUAUGGUUCAAGUCGGUCCAGUGAUUCCCGUGGAAUUAGUGAAAACCAAACUUCAGGUGCAACGUGAGAACAUUUCGCAUUUCAAGAAGCACGCGAAAAAUCUCUACGCCGGCCCAAUGGAGUGUAUUCGAGACACCGUGCGGAGUGAAGGAAUUCGCGGGCUCUUCAAGGGAGGAUCUGUGGUUCUGCUUCGUGAUAAUAUUGGAUACCUCUUCUAUAUUCCAGUGUAUGAAGGUCUGUUAAGAAGCUUUCGAAGUCAAGGCUAUGAAAAUACCUGGACUCAACUCUUCUCGGGCGGUAUGGCUGGAAUCUCCGGAUGGAUUUCGGUGUGCCCACUAGAGGUGGUAAAGAACAGGAUCCAGGCGAUGAAAUCGCACACAAAAAUAAGCCCAAAAGAGAUGACGCUGAAAAUCUACAAAGAGGAAGGGAUUUCAGCAUUUUACCGCGGCGGUUGGGCGAUUUCCGUUCGAGGAUUUGUUGUCAAUUCCGUCGAUUCGACUGCCAUGUCGACUAUUAUAUUCCUAGCAUUACUGGCUUCAGCAGUUUAUGGAUUAGAUAAUGGAUUGGCUAGGACCCCUCCAAUGGGUUGGAUGUCAUGGACCGCAUUCUACUGUGAAAUUGAUUGUGUCAAACACCCCAACGGAUGCAUCAAUGAGAAGCUUUAUAUGGACAUGGCGGACCGUCUAGUGAGUGAUGGCUACCGAGAGCUCGGCUACAAGUCAGUGCACAUCGACGACUGCUGGUCGGAAAUGGAACGCGAUGAGAAUGGGUUGUUGGAGGCGAAUCGGACUCGAUUCCCGAGUGGAAUGAAGAAGCUUGCUAAAUAUAUGCACGAUCGAGGCCUUAGAUUCGGAAUCUAUGAAGAUUAUGGCACCAAGACAUGUGGAGGAUAUCCUGGAAGCUACGGACACCUUAAGGCUGACGCUCAAACCUUUGCCUCCUGGGAUGUUGACUACUUGAAGCUUGAUGGUUGCUAUAUUGACACUGAUCUAAUGCCAGAAGGAUACGCAGAGAUGGGACGCGAGCUUAAUGCUACCGGAAGGCCGAUAGUUUACUCGUGCAGUUGGCCGGCUUAUCUCAUUGAUCAUCCAGAGAAGGUUGAUUAUAAUUUGAUCGGAAAGCAUUGUAAUACCUGGAGAAACUUUGAUGACAUCAAUUCGUCAUGGAAAUCGAUUCAAUCCAUUAUCAACUAUUAUGAUCAUAAUCAGGAUAAGCAUAUUCCGACCCAUGGGCCUGGAAAAUGGCAUGAUCCUGAUAUGCUUGUUAUUGGAAACAAAGGGAUCACCGUGGAUAUGGCGAUUGCUCAAAUGUCAAUUUGGUGCAUCUGGGCUGCUCCUUUAAUUAUGUCAAAUGAUUUGCGUAUCAUUGCUCCAGAAUUUCGAGAAAUUUUGCUCAACCAAGAUGCUAUCAAUAUUAAUCAGGAUCCUCUGGGAAUUAUGGGACGAUUGGUGGCUAAUACCACUGAUUUGGGACUUUAUGUGAAGCCAAUCAUGCCGACGUCAGAUACCCAUAGCUCUUUUGGAAUCGCCGUUUUGAAUAGGAACUUGUCGCAAGGAAGAACAAUUCGAUUCACAUUGAAAAACAUUGGCCUCACCUAUGAGCACGGCUAUCUGAUCAGAGAGAUCUGGACGAACACCGACUUCGGAUUAAUGAGCCCGAACGACGAAAUUGAGUUCAACAUCAAUCCAACAAGCGCAGCACUAUUCCGUGCUGACAUCGCAUCGAUGGUGGAUCCAAGAAGAUGGAAGAAGUUCAAAAAGGAUUCGCCAUUUAGAAAGUAA